GACAAGAUGGCGGAGUCUAGAGAUGUGAUGAUGUAACGUCACCUUAUUUGAACAAAAUGUCAGAUUUAAAACCAGGUCGAAGUCAUAAGAAAGACAGAGACAGUAUUAGUGGCUCUCCAAAUACAGCUGCGUUAAGGAAGAUUAUAACUACAGACGUUGAUGUUCUGCAAUUUAAAUCAUUCCCGGUAAAUGGUCUAUAAAUGUUUUUUUUUAGUCUAGAAGGCGGAGACUACUUUAUAAAGUUCUAGUAUUCGCCAGAAAAACACUAUCAGCUUCGCACCAAAGGCAAUUUAUAUACGCGAUGGUUCUUUGCAGUUAAAAAUACCGUUAAUAUCUAAAUCUUUCAAAUUAUGGGGGGUUAUUAUCUCGGAUUAGCGAUUGCUCAUUACUCGGGGCAAAUAGUUCUGCUUGGGGUCGGUGCGAUAAUUUGACUGGAAUUUCUGUUCCUAAGUAUCAAUUUAAUUGUAGAAGUCCACGAAUUUAAUUUGCUUUUGUCAUGUAAUUGUUACUGCAUUUGUUUAUUUUCAAGGAUGAAGUUGUAAGCGACCUAAUAUAAUAUAUAUGGGCAGUAAAAGACCAUUCUACAAUGUGUAAACAGCACCGUAUGGAUUAUUCAUAUCCGAUCAGCUGCCAAGAUUUAGUUCGAAACGUAAAUUGCAACUUCAUGCUAGAAUAAAUUUUGUUGUUUCAGGAACUUAUCCAAGGCAUUCAGCCAAUUCAAUAUGAAAAGGAGUUAGCUGCAAAGAAAUUAUUAAUAAAUGGUGAUCCACAUCGGAAUUUGCUCAAAAUACCUGAAGACAAUCUGGUAGGCGUGAGGAUUAUUUUAGUUAUUUAUUUUAUACUGUUUGCUAAACUUUGACUUGAUCUGCGUCGAGUGUCGCGUUUAAUAUUACAUCCAUAGCAACAAAGUUUCUUUUAAAUUCUCACAUGUUUAUUAAGUAUUCAAAUCCUUGAAUAGCCUUGCUAAUUGUGUUAAUAUAUAUGCAAGCUGCUUGUUUUGAAUUUGAAUUGACAACAAUGCCUUAGCAUCUUAACAUUUGUAAAUGACGCAUCAUUGUACGAUCAGACGUCAGGACAGUUUUGUCAAAUUUAUAUUCAUUUAUUGCAGUUCUCAAGUUUUGAAUCUCUUACAUAACAUAUGGCCAACAAGUUAUUCUGUAAUCUGAGCUCUGUGUUAAUUUUGACAAGCCUCGAAUAAUGUAAACAAAACUCACAUGUGACUUUCUCAGCACUUAAUCUUUUCAUUUUCUGUCGAUAAAUUGCGGUAAAUAAAACCCAGUUGACAACUUUAUGCAUAUUUCUCAUUUUGGCAUUAUUAAUAUUUGAUGUAAAUGACUUGUGUGAUCAUGGCUUUGUUUCAAGAAAUCUGACUACAGAAUACUUGUGUUUAUAAAUCCAGGGAAUGGAAAAUACUGCAGUACAAGUAAGGUUUCAAUGUUUAAUAUAACGUAGAAAUAUAAUUUUCUGAGGUGAUUAAAGGAAUGAUAGUAUAACCUUGUGUGUUUAGUUAGGGUUUAUUGAAAACCCCCAGACAUGGCUCAGACAAAACAGUAUAACUCUGGUUUCAAAACAAUAUUUCCAGUUUAAUUUACUUUCAUAAUGGUUUCCAUAUAAGUAACAUUUUAAGAACAUUAAGUUUAAAGUAAAAUAGAGAAAUAUAAACGUUUCGGCAACUCUUUUUGUGUGUAUAUUUUCAAUGCUUUGAAUGAAAACAGCUUUAUCUAUAUACUUAGUUAGUAAGUCAUUUAAUACCACAAUACCCAUCAGUGGUUUACUAAAUGAAAUUAUAAAAUAUAUGACCUGUGACAACAUUUCAUAUUGGAUACUUACUAUAACUUAUAUUUAUUUACAUGUCAAUGUUAAUACAUAUUGUGGCUAGAUAUACAGUAGGUGAGCUUUGUAUUUAUAUACAUACUGAUAUAUUUUAGAGUUCUAACUUUAAUUAACAGUGCGUGCAGAAUGUCAGUGAAAAAUGUGUAACAUGGCAUAAUAAAAUACAACUUACUUCUUUGUUACAUAUAAUAGUUUUGUGUGUGGAAACACUACGUAAAUUUAUUACUGCAAAGCUUUCGAUCCGUAAGCCCGGAUCUUCAUCAGUGCUAAUAAUAUGAAGAAGAUGAAGAUCUGGACUACAUCUUCAUCUACUGAUGAAGAUCCAGGCUUACGGAUCGAAAGCUUUGCAGUAAUAAAUUUACGUGGUGUUUCCACAAACAAAACUAUUAUAUGUUUUAUCGCCAUGCAAACAUACAAAGAACUUCUUUGUUACAAUUGCAAAAAAGUGUCAAAAUGAGAAACCAGUAGAUUUUACAUAUAGUUGGAGCUUUGCAGGAUGUAUUACUGACAAAGAAGGCAGAAAGUCUUAGCCAACUGAUAGGCCAGUACUUCACUUGGAAUGUUAUCUACGGAAUAUGUAUAUUAAGUAAUAUAAUAUCUCUUAGCCAGACCAAGCAAGGCCAGACCACAAGUCUGGGAAGUAUAUAUUUUUUUUAGAUAUGUCCAGAGAACAUAAUAAUUAACUUGCAAAUAAUUAAAAUUUUUAAAAAUGCCUGGAUUGAAAAUAUAUCAUUAGGUUUCAUUGUUUAUAAAAACGUUUGGCAGAGUGCUCAAUGGAUAUCCACAGCAUAAUUAAAUAAAUUCAAGUACAAUUAGUCAAUAAAUUCCAUUGGGCAUCUUUAUUUAGAUUCAUACCACAAGAUAUAUAGCAUACAAAAGUAGCACCCAUCAGAUAAAUUAGCCUAAUUAUGACUACUGCAAAAACCUACAGUAUUUGUGAACAAGUGGAUGAAAAAUUAAAGCUUAAAAUUAAAAUAACAAAUUAAAAUAAAGCUUAUUAUUAAAGCUUUCAUCCACUUAUAUAUAAAUAGUGUAGGUUUUUACUGGAGUAGUAAUAAGGCUAGAUUAUAUGACAAGUGCCACAUCUAAUUGUGGCAAGAAACGUACUGCUGUAAAUAGUAAUGAAGAUGCCUAAUGGAAUUUAUAUUUUCAUAUAAUUAAUCAAAUCAUGUAAAACAUGUAUAUAGUAUAUCCACCUGAUGAGUGUGACAAGCUUGAAGCUUUCCUUGUCAUAUGAAACAGAUUAAUUGUAAAGCGCACUACAGAUACUGUAAAGACGCAUCGCCAUGUGCGUAAUUAUCCUUAUAUCCCGAGCAGUGACUGAUGCUGACAGCAGGGCUGUAAAUCCUUAAAAAUGUUAGAAAAGGGAUCUCUAAAGGCUCGAUCGCUGUAUUUUCAUUUUCUAUUAAACUUUAUUUAACGAGGCUAACACAUAAUAUAGUUAAAUAUGCUGGAAGUGCGACCAGGAUUGAACAUAAUGAUUUUUGAGACAUUCUCUGGUUGGAAAUUUUUAUUCAUGAGCUUUCGGCUGCCAGACUGCAGCCUUCAAUGGGUAGUUAUAAAAUAAGUGAUUACAGACGACUACGGUUUACAAUAAUUACAGAUCGGAGCAUACGCCUACUGUACGUUACGCCUACGCUACGCCUACAGUACGGUUAACAAAAUUACAGUGACAAACAAAUAACUGGAAGUUAUUACUAUUAGUAUUACAACUAAUAAACAUGUGGCCCUCAGGAUAUGCUAUGUGUACUUUAAGAGGUAGGUAGUUCCAGCAUUUGGCUGUGGUUACCAAAAAUGUGCACCCUUCUUCUUUAACUCUGUUAUAACUUGUGUGAUAAAAUUGUAUAAAGAGCACUGUGAGUGUUUCUUUUAUCUUUUUCUCCUUGAUGUAAUCUGAACAAGUAUCAGCUGACCUUUUAUACAUCGAUCACGAGACAACGUGUAACAUCAGCCUCAUAAAAAGGUACCCAACCUAGAGUGUUGAACAAGUCGAUACUGCAGUGUCGAGGAUGAGCAUCAAGAAUGACUCUCACUGGCACAUCGCUUUUGCAGGUUGAAAAUCUUGAUGCCUAUCUAUUGGCAUCCAAGCUGAUUUUUACACUGUUGGCUGCACUGGGCUGAGGGUAGCAAACUAAAAGACUGGUUCUUAAUAUUUAAAUGGCGGGUUAUUGAUUCCAUGGGGAAGAAUCAGAUGGUUAUCUUCGCUUUGACAUGUUCACCACAGUUUUUUACUGUACAUCUACAGUAUAUUGAGAUAAGCUAAGAGCAGUGAGUUCAGUAAGCACCUUUCACCUCUGAAAUCCAUUCUCACCCUUAUGACACUUAUGCAAAAAGAGUCUGUUUUUUAUGCUCUUCUGAAAGUCGUGGGUUUUCUCAGAGGACUCCACUUUCCUCCCCCAGGUCAAUGUUGACAGGGUGGGAUUAGCUCAUUAGCCCCUAACUGGCCAUUCCACCGUAACUGCACUCUGUGAUCAAAUAUGAGUCAUAUGGUGGCUACGCCUCUAGGUGCCCGAUCGAUUUGAUCAGAUUGAGUUGUGUUGUUGGCAAUUCAACUUACUGUAGCUCUGUCAUUGGCAAUUUAACUUACUGUAGCUCUCAGCUGCAAGUAAAGAUGAUUACCCAUUUACUAAACAGUACACAGAUGACAGGCUAGGCUCUUUCUUGAUGAAGGCUAAUGCCUCGAAUCUACUGUUGACAGUAGUUUUCACCAAUUGUCAAUCCUUGUUCUGGUGGCUUAAUUAUUGCAGGAUUUCUCUUUCUUGCAUGAUAGACUUGUUCUGUUAGGAAUUGAAAUCUGAUGGACUGGACACCUGUGCAUGUGCUGGAAGAAAUCAAACUCUGGUGAGCGGUCAGUGGACCCGUACGUACCCAGACUUGUAUCGUACCCUGAAUGAAUUAUACCAGGAUAUUUCUAGGAUAUUUUCCCUGUACUUUAUUCUCUUUUGUAUAAUCCUCUUUUUGUUUUUAUGAAAUACCCAUAUUUCUGUUUAGUCGGUCAGAACAAGAAAAGUAAUUUAACUUCAUUACUGUACAUGUUUGCACAUACAGUAACUUGAUAUAAAUACCAAUACACAACCCUCGAAAUUCGCCUCGGCACUCGGCAGGCAAUUCCACCCGCUGUUCCUUAACUUACAAACUACAGUUUCUGUUCGUUUUUUUCUUCUUAAAUAUACAAACUACAGUGUUCGUUUUUUGUAUCACUUCUUUGUUUGAAUUGUUGUCAUCGACGUUGGGUGAACAACAGAAGAUUUCAUUCAUAGCUACUUUACAAAAUAUUUAAAUUUGAGCUUUUCAUGCAGCGUCGGCUUCGGUUGAAAUAAAGAACAAUCUUGAUGGUUUAAAGACGGUACGUCGAGAAACUUUGUUUUAUCUUUUAGACUGUCGCGUGAUUUUACCGUCAAGUUUAUUCUUUCAUACAAUUGGUUGUAAAUUACCACUAACUUUUUAAAAACAUUUUGAAUAAGGAAUUUGUAAAAUAACAACAAAUUGUCGAACGUCAGAAGUCUCAGAAUCUACGCUCGUUAUAAUAUUUGUUUACAAUAAUUUCCGUAUGUACUUUACUUUAAUUACAACUGCCGACGUGAAUGCCGAAAUGUGCCGAAGUAAUUGCCGAAGGAAUUUAAGAUGAUAUCAUUGCGUGCCUCGGCAAAAAAAAAUUGCCGAAGCACUGCCGAGGCAAACUCGAAAAUUAUCGAAAGGCUUCGGCAAUUAUUUGCCGAGGCAAAAAUAGUUGAAUUUCGAGGGUUGAUACAUGGCAAUAAUAUAUGUUUCCUUAAUUCCUUUCUAGAUUGUGAAUAUUCCGCUUGAUAUUCGAACAGAGUAUAGCAGUGUGCCAAGUAACGCCAAAUCUAAAGCUGAAGGAUUAUUUGUGAAGGAGGUAAGUAACGUUUAUUGCUGAAAUCAACCACUAAUUUGGUUAUGCAUUGUAUUUGUUUCUCAAACUUAGAUGAUAUUGUCUCGUCAACAAUCCUCUUAAAAAGAAACCACUACAUCGAAACAGGGAGUGUGUAUGUGUGUGUGUGUGUGUGUGUGUGUGUGUGUGU